GGGAUGAGAAACGCAAGUCGAUAACAAUUAUCCAUGAUUUCCGUCUUCUCGUCAAAGAGGCGCCAUGUUGAUGACGGCCAAGGCAACUGCGCAGCCUGGACCGGGCCGGUUCAGGGCCGGUCUGUGAAGGAUGCAUCACACAAAUAUUGGACUAUAACUACUGACCUGUGCUACCAUGGAGAAAGCAGGUAUACUAUCGUUCUAUCGGUAUCGACUGACAUCUACAGUUUCCUAUUGGAUUGAUCUACCCAAAAUCGAGUCUUAGCGUCAUCAAUCUUACGAUACCCGAUGCAACACCCAAACAUGACUCAAGCCUCGAUCACUGGUCAGCAACGUUCGGAUCGUGACAACGAUAACAACGCCAUCGAUCUCGAGAAUGACGGCGGUACAGAGCCGUGUAGCUCGCACGAACCUCCCUUCUCCGCCUUUAGCAAUACAGAAAAGAAGCUCAUCGUGUUGGCCGUCUCUUUCAUUGGUCUACUUUCACCCCUGUCGGCGAGCAUUUACUUCCCAGCCACCAAAGCACUUGCCAGAGACCUGCACGUUUCAACUUCGGAUAUCAACUUGACUGUAACAACCUACUUGAUAUUUCAAGCACUAGGUCCGACACUAUUCGGCAAUCUCUCCGAUGUAAAGGGCAGAAGACCAGCUUAUAUCGGCUGUCUUAUAGUUUCGGUCGCGGCAAACAUUGCACUAGCAUGUCAGAGAAGUUACGCCGCUCUUCUGGUCCUCCGCUGUGUCCAGAGCUCCGGAUCAGCAGCCACAGUAGCUCUGAGUCAGGCUGUAGUUGCUGAUAUCUCGACUCGAGCAGAGAGAGGCAAAUGGGUGGCCUAUGCCGGUAUGGGUAUCAUGCUAGGACCUACCCUUGGGCCUUUGGUCGGCGGACUUCUGGAUACAUACCUUGGCUGGCCUUCUAUCUUCUGGUUUCUGGCCAUCUUUUCUGGUACGAUGUUGAUCGUAACCUUGGUGUUCUUGCCAGAGACCUGCAGAGCUGUAGUCGGUAAUGGAUCUGUUCCACCUCAAGAAUGGAACCGGUCUUUGUGGGUGUGCCUUCACAAGAGAGAUCUGGGCGAGCAGACCGAGACCUUGCAACGUUCGACAAAGAAGCCAAAUCCAAUCGCUUCUCUCCUUUUGGUAUUCAAAAAGGAAGACGGUCUCAUUCUGCUGUCCGGCGCGUUGUUGUACGCAGGUUUCUAUGUCGUUUUGAUCACCCUGACGGACCAACUCGCAGAGCGUUAUAGUUUCAACACCCUGCAAAUUGGAUUGUGCUAUAUCCCAUUCGGCGUCGGAAGUAUGGCUGCUAGAUUCUCAGUCGGUGUCUUUCUAGACCGCAACUACAAGCGUCUUAUUCAGCAACUCGAUCCAACGAAUGCCAAAGAUCCCGAAUCUUUCCCAAUCGAGAGGGCACGUCUCCAGGUUGCUAUACCUGCCGUUUACGUUUCUGCCAUCAUUACCAUAACCUAUGGCUGGGUGAUGCACUACAACACUUCUCUUGCUGGCCCACUCAUCAUGUUGUUCCUCGUGGGCAACUCAACCACUGGUGCUUUCAACGUCUUCAACACGUUGAUUGUCGACAUUAAUCUGCAUCAACCUGCGACGGCUUCUGCGGCAAGUAACUUGACCAGGUGUGGUAUGGGUGCCAUCUUCACAGCCUUUGCACAGCCAUUGGUUAGUGCGAUUGGCAUUGGUUGGGCGAGCACUGCGGUCGCGUUUCUUUGGGUGUUGACAUCGCCUUGUCUGUGGGUAGUCAUGAUUUGGGGACCUAAGUGGCGUGCUGCAGAGAAACAGAGACGGGAGGAGAGAGAGACCAAAAAGUGAGGCUCGCUGUGUGUGAGUGAGAGUGACAUGUCCCUCGUUGCCAUCAGGCAUUAGACUCGGGGAACAUGACAUUGUGUACAUUCGCUU